GGAAAAUCCAGAGGAGGCACUCAUCUCUACUAGCAACGCUGGACAAAGUGACUACAUCUUGGGAAACAUUCCGGCAUAUCCAGAAAAAAGACUUCAUUAAGAAUAAAGUGUGCCGAAGUCUACAGCCACAACCCAAAUGGACAUCAGAACCAGAAAAUGGGUACGUCCAUACAAAACUGCCUCUGCCUCUUGUGGCAAAUGGGAGAGCUGCACUACCCCCAGUAGAGUUUCUACCCCCACAUCACUGGACUCCUCUCCAUCCACCGGGACACAAAACAAGAAUCUGUCUGCACCAGUUUUCCCAAAGAAAAGGGUGAUUUUAAAACAGAUUGCACAAAACAGACGACAGUCAGAAGAACAACUGCAGCAAUAUGUCUUGGACACGGUCACGUACAUCAAAACAGUGCGUGACUUCUGUGACAUGGAAAAAGAAUGGACUGAUCAGCGAACAUCUGAGAUAAGGAAGAUGAGUAGCAUCAAAAGCUGUGCAGAUGGCCGUUGCAAAAGGGAGAAGGAGCUGGGGGCAGUUGUGAAGAACACUCUGGAGGGGCUUGAGAAACUUCAGCCCUUCCUAGACGCAAUGGAAAGGCUCGCGGUGACUUCGCUGUCCGUUUUCACGGAGGAGAUCUUUCAGCUGAAGGGAGCGAGCGCUAAAGUAUAUUCUGUGAUCUCCACUGCCAGAGCUGUUUCUCCAUGGCUCGUACUUUUCAAAAGGGAUGAGAAGGCUUUCUUCCUGCCUAGGCUUGACAAUGUGGAGGUUCUGGGCCUCCAGCUGGAACAAUACAAAACAGUCACGCAGCAGCUCUGUGAGAGAAUGAGAUACAAGAGUCGAUUGCAGGUUAUAGACAUUCAGACGCUAAAUAUGACUGGGACCAGGACAUUCACGAGUGACCACUUGAGCCAGCUGAGCAAAAUCAGAAUGGAUGAGUCAUUCAGGAUGACAUUCUUGUUUAAUGGGAAAGCCCAGGAAUUCCUCGACAUAUACACUGAAUGUCGCACUAGAAUGAGUCGGUUCCUAUCGGAUCUAAAGGUGACUGAGGAUAAGUUGAAUAAACUGGAGACGGGGUCCAGGAUUUCCACUGUGACUGGAACUUCAGUAGGUGUUGCAGGAGGUGCCUUGUCCAUCACAGGCCUGGCUCUUGUCCCUGUCAGUGGAGGAUUAUCCCUGGCUCUUACAUUCACUGGGAUUGGACUGGGGGUCUUAAGUGGAGCUGCUAGAGUAGUCACAAGCAUCAAUAAAAUGGCUAAGAAGAAGAAGCACGGGAAAAAGGCCAACAACAUCUUUGAGAGUUUUAAGGAGGAUGUGGAUAAGGUCCUUGAUUGUCUAGAUCAGACAGGCAGAAGUCAGCGUCCUGCACCACAUGUGGAUGAGGGUAAUAUACUAUUUGGGGCUGUGGAAGUAAUAGUUACGACUGGGGCAUCGGUCAAAGGCGUUAAAGACAUGGUCCAGAAGGGACAGGCUUUGAAUGCUAUGAACAGUGUACGGACAGGUAAAAGUUUAGUCUGUAUGGGACUUAAAGAAGCUAGAGUAGCCCAAAAAAUCCCCAUUGGAGACAUAGUGAAGCUUUCUUCUCAAGUCAUCUCAAAAGUAGUCAGAGUUGGGACUGUUGCUAUGAAUGUUCUGUUUAUUGGUAUCGAUCUUAAAACCAUCUAUGAUGAAUGUAAGAACCUGGACAAAGGGAAAAAAAGCAAAGCAUCUGAGCUCAUCUUCUCCAGAUCCGCUCUGUGGCGCUCCGAGACGGAGGCGUGGGAAAAGAUCCAUGAUUCUCUGUGCAAAGGUAAAGAGACAAUCGAGAGGAACGUGGAAAUUCUAGACCAGCCAUUUUACCAUUAAAAGGAAAACUGGAUCAAAGAUACUGGAUCAAAGUGGCUAACGGUUUAUGAAAGGUCUUAGAUUGUCCAGAGCAAAUAUGAAAGCCAAGGUCCAUCAAUUAGUGUGAUUUGUAAAGAUUGAAUUUCUAAUUCACAACAUCCUUAUCGAAUGCCAGGUUUUACAUGGAGAUGAAAAUAUAUGUUAUAGAAGUGUACAUGGGUCACACUGUGUGUGGCACUGUAACAGAGAAGGUUUGUGAAACAUGUAGGCACCUCUCCUGCACAAUUAGAAUUUUGCAUUCUGGAAUUAAAACAUAAAAUGAGAAUUGUGCAAAUCACAUUUUAUGUUUUACUUCAGUCCAACACAUUAA